AUGCACAGGGAGCUCACAGUUGCACUGUUUAACACCCUCGAGUUUAGUUGUUUGUCGAUGGAAGUCCCCGUCCCCGUCCCCGUUCGCCUAAUCGUCAUCGUUUACAAGAUCGAACCGCUCUUCUUAUCGUCAUCCCAUCUCCCCUUCUUCUUCGCAUGA